AUGCAGCUGCCCCCCCAGCUCUCCUUCGCCCUCUACGUGGUGGCCUUUGCGCUCGGCUUCCCACUCAACAUCCUGGCCAUCCGUGGCGCUGCGUCUCAGGCCCGCCGCCGCCUCACCCCGAGCCUGGUCUAUGCCCUCCAUCUGGGCUGCUCGGACCUCCUGCUGGCCGUCUCCCUGCCUCUGAAGGCCAUGGAGGCCCUGGCCUCAGGGGCCUGGCCGCUGCCCGCCGCCAUCUGCCCGGCCUUCGCCCUGCUCCACUUCUCCCCGCUCUAUGCCGGCGGCAGCUUCCUGGCGGCGCUGAGUGUGGGCCGCUACCUGGGCGCCGCCUUCCCCUUGGGCUACCAAGCCUUUCGCAGGCCACGCUACUCCUGGGGCGUGUGUGCGGCCAUCUGGGCCCUCGUCCUCUGCCACCUGGGGCUGGUCUUCUGCCUGGAGGCGCCCGGAGGCUGGCUGGACAACAGCACCAGCUCCCUGGGCAUCAACACCCCGGUCAACGGCUCCCCCGUGUGCAUGGAAGCCUGGGACCCAGCGGCGGCCGGCCCCGCCCGCCUCAGCCUCUCUCUCCUGCUCUUCUUUCUACCCUUGGCCAUCACAGCCUUCUGCUACGUGGGCUGCCUCCGGGCACUGGCCCACUCGGGCCUGAGCCACAGACGGAAGCUGAGAGCGGCCUGGGUGGCCGGCGGGGCCCUGCUCACGCUGUUGCUCUGCUUGGGACCCUACAACGCCUCCAACGUGGCUGGCUUCCUGCGGCCAGACAUGGGAAGCCACUGGCGGAAGCUGGGGCUCAUCACAGGGGCCUGGAGUGUGGUCCUCAACCCGCUGGUGACCGGCUACCUGGGAGGGGGUCCCGGCCGGGGAACAGUGUGUCUGGCGCGAGCGCAAGGAGGAACAUUGCAGAAGUAG